CAACUGGAUUUGCAGAGAGCGGAGUUUCACUAAGCUUUUCCAUCUUUAGCCAUGUUCACUUUGAAUGGAUUGAUGGUUGUCCUAAUUAUAAGCCUGGUGGUUUUAUUCCAAAACGUCCGCGGUGAAGAGUAUCAUCAGUGUACACUGGACAUGGCACAGGACUUUAGGGCUUGUUUCAAUACAUUUGGUUUCGGAAGUGGCCCUACAGAUGGCUUCACACCCAGGGUGAAUGCCUUUAUAUCUUACUGCAGUGCUCCAGGUCGAACUAAUGGGGAACACUGCGUGAACGAUUUUUCGGACACUUGCCCAAGGUUGUUUCUUGCACCCGACCCUUCCACGUUCCGCAAACGACAGCAGCUAGCUUCUCGGACACUGGAUUACGUGUGCUCUAACAUCAAUGUACUGGAGAACAAAAUAGAUUGUGUGGAGGGAAAAAUGAGGAACGUGAACAGAUGUGUCCGGGAUUCUGUCGAAAUACACACGAUGCAGAUGGCUGCUGCCAAUACCACCCUCAACUUAGACAAUCUUCAAGACAUGAUGAUGAACAUCGGUCGGGACCAGAUGGGCUGCUUUGUCGAUAUUCUACGAGAAACAUGUGGGUCGGCCGUGUCGAACUUGCUGGCAAACUUUAUAUACGGAUUCAUAGUUUACCCGUAUGAAGACCAUUAGUUCAAGGCGACCACGCGUCGCUCGUAAAUUACAGGAUUUACAACAAUUAACACUUCACUUGUUUUCUCGAGUUAUAAAAUUAUUCAGUGAGUGAAAUACUUCGGAGUACCUGGUAAAGCACCAACCACGUAAAUAAAUCAAGUUAUUCCAUGCUCACUGCAUUGAUUGUCCCAUUUGUUUGUUUAU